AUGUUCGCUAAGAAGCUUACAACUGUUAACCCCUUCGCGAAGAAACGAUCGCAACACGUCGUCGUUUCAUCGACGGCAAACGCGAAUGCAAAGAAGCUAUGGAGGCUUCCGCACGUCUUCGCCAGAAUGCUCGAGCUUCCCUUUCCUUCAGACGCCGACGUUUCGAUCGAAGAAACACCGCAGUUUUUCCGAUUCGUUGCUUCAUGCAACAAGACGAAUAUUUUCAAUUCCGUUGGUGUGCGUGCUCACGCAAUCGAGAUUCUUCCGGGGAUAACUAAAAUUGUGAUAAAGAGAUUUGACGGUGGUGAUGUAGUGGUGGAUGGUAAGCAGGAGAGACGGUCUUCUUUUAGUGUUGAUUUAUGGCGGUUUCGGCUUCCGCCUUGCACGCAGCCGGAGAGAGUUACCGCCGUUUGCAUCGGUGGGAAGUUGGUAGUGACGGUUCCCAAAACCAAAGCGUAG